UAUUUAUUAGUGGUAGCUAGGAUUUAAAAACUGUUUAAAAUGGGAGGAUCGUUUGCAAAGCUGUUUAGCAGCCUUUUCGGCAAGAAAGAAAUGCGAAUUCUGAUGGUGGGACUUGACGCUGCUGGAAAAACGACAAUUCUUUACAAAUUAAAACUCGGGGAAAUUGUCACCACAAUUCCUACUAUUGGUUUUAAUGUUGAGACAGUGGAAUACAAGAACAUUAGUUUUACUGUGUGGGACGUUGGUGGCCAAGACAAAAUCCGACCCUUGUGGAGACAUUACUUCCAAAACAC